CACAACGAGGCUCCGCCCUCGCUCGAGACCGUAUGAUUUUUGUGUCAAUGCCAUGAACAAGGGAAACUGUGCACUGUCAUUCAUAAAGGAAAUACUGGUUUGGUAAAUGGCGAAGACUUACGAUUACCUUUUCAAACUCUUGCUAAUAGGAGACAGUGGAGUGGGAAAGACAUGUCUGCUGUUCAGAUUCAGCGAGGACGCGUUUAACACCACCUUUAUCUCCACAAUCGGAAUUGAUUUCAAAAUCAGAACUGUCGAGCUGAACGGCAAGAAAAUCAAGCUUCAGAUAUGGGACACGGCUGGGCAGGAAAGAUUUAGGACGAUCACCACGGCCUAUUACAGAGGCGCUAUGGGCAUUAUGUUGGUAUAUGACAUCACCAGUGAAAAGUCAUUUGAGAACAUUAAAAACUGGAUCCGCAACAUUGAGGAGCAUGCAUCAUCUGACGUAGAGAAGAUGAUCCUCGGGAACAAAUGCGACAUGAACGACAGGAGACAGGUGUCCAAAGAGAGAGGAGAGAAACUGGCAAUUGAUUACGGUAUCAAGUUUUUGGAAACAAGUGCAAAAACCAGUGUAAAUGUCGAAGAGGCCUUUUUCACGCUUGCCAGAGACAUUAUGGCUCGACUCAACAGAAAAAUGAAUGAUGGUGGUCAAGCAGAUGGUGGGGGGCCGGUGAAGAUUUCAGAGAAGCGCUCCAAAAAGCACAGCAUCUUUAAGUGUGUUCUGCUGUAACUCAUUUGCGGCGUGUGGAUACGUUCACUUGCUGUGUCUCUUCGGCAGCCAGAAAUGCUCAGCUGGUAAAACAUAUCACAUGAGCCCCUGCAAAAGAGCUGGACCAUCAGGCUCAAGAACAGAUGAAGGUUCGUGUUUCCAAGCCCUUAAAUUCAAGAUGGAACGGAGGAAUGAUGCAGUUUUGAGAGAUUUACUUGGUUCACUCUGUGGUAGAGUCAUAAUAGGAAAUGUUUGCUUUGUUGUGUGGUGAUAAUUGUGAUGAUUGUCUCAAAAGAUAAUGGAUCAAAUAUGAAUGGUUUUGCUUUUGUGUAAUAUUAUGUAUGGACAUAUUUGCUUGAAACAUUUGCUGCUGAAAGCUUAGAUGUAUCACAUACAAUAUUUAUGAAUUAGUCAGUGAGUCUGUUUUGUUGUAAUAUGUUCCUGAGUGUCUUGUAUACAGCAUAUACACUGUUCUUGCACUGGUUCAAAAAUUUUAAUUGAGAAGAUCUGUAAAAAUGCAAUUUUUGGAACACUAGUGGUUGAAAAAGCACUUUACAUGUGUUUUCGAUGAGCUCUCCUCACAGGCACAUGUCCAUGUAUAGCACAGACGGACAUCAAUCCACCCACUGGAAGGUUGCAAAGAUAGAACAUGAUGGCUUUGGAGCAUGAUGGGUAAAGGAACAUCUUCAGGUCGGGUAUCAAAGGGAACAUGUCUUACUUGGCAAAAUCACAGUCACCCAUAGUAAAUGAGUGUUUGACACAGCCAGUCAAAUCCGAGAACCAUCAGUAUUAAGGGAAUAAGAGAAAUUGUGCCUGUGUUGUAGAUCCUUAGCUUUAGGGUUAUAAGUAUAGGGCUUAUAUUCAAAUUCAGUCCAGCACUGAUUUGUGAAAAUUAUGUGACUUUUUUUGUUUGAAUAUGAAGAUGAUCAUUAACUAUUUAAUUAGCAUUUAAAAUUAAUGUUUUAUUUGAAAAAGACAGGCGCCUUUGCCAUUUGAAAGCAAGUUUAGAAACUAGGGUCCUUGUGUCAAUGCUACAGUAUAAUGUUUUUGUAACAUGAUAAAAAAGAAAGUCACUGAUGCAUGUUUAUGUAAAUCCAUUAAUAGAAACUGAGCUUUUUUGUAUUUCAAUUUGAUAUCACCUUUUUAGCUCUUUUUCAUUUUUUGAUUGAAAAUGUCCAGUGCAUAAUGAUAUAUAUAUUAAUAUUGUACAAGCAACUUUUAUUUACUGUUUACAUUUUUAUUUUUCACCAUAGGCUCUUAAACAUACAGUUGCCAAAAAGUGGUAUUAUGUGCUUUUCAUGCUUGUACUGUCUAAGUUGUUUUAGUCAAAGGAUCCAGGGUGAAUUCAACUGGUCAAAUCAGCACUUUUGUUUUCAAAUAUGUGAGACAUUUUGGUCUCCUAUUGAAACUGCACUAAAGGCUGUGUCAGAAGUAGUACAGAUUACAGCAAUAAAAUGUCCCCAUUUGGGAAUUCUCUUUUCCGACUAUUUGUGCUGAUAUUAGGGACCUUAAUGCCUUGGAUCUAUGUUUAUUAAUCUGAUUUGGACAAAUACUGCCGAAGAAUGUUUUGAUGAUCAUCAUUUUACUUCAGCAAAUGUAGCAUAUAUCAUGACCACUGAUAUUCAGAUGGGACCAUUGUUAUGCAUGUAUUUUCUUUCAUAUUUGUGACUGUAUGAUCGACUUUUUGAAAGAGACAUAUAACGCAACCUGUUACCUGAAAAGCUAAUAUGCUCAUUUAAACAUGUUAAAACCUUAACAAAGAAAAUGUGAACAAGAAUUUGAAGUGUGUUUUUAUUAAUUGUAGAUUUUUAUACUACAUAUAACCAAAGUAAAUACUGUAUAAACA